AUGAGACUUCUCAAUGUCGAGACACUCAAGUUGGAGUCAUAUCACCAUGUCGAGACGACUCCGCCGUAUGCGAUACUUUCACAUGUCUGGGAAGAAGAAGAAGUCACCUUCCAGGAUAUUGAUGAACCGUUCCUGGGUAAAGAUUUUCGUGAAUUACAGAAUCGGUUCAAUGAGCUCGAGAAGCGGUUCAACGACAUCAGACAGUUGAUUGCCGACUCUGGCUCACAUGUCUCUGCCAGCACGAGCGACCAAUCCCUGGCUUCGCCCGUGGAUUCUUCAUCUCUUGGAUUUCAUGAUACCACAAGUGGCUCGGCUGAAAGCCCUGCAUUGAUUCAAGCAAGGCGUCUGAAAGGCUGGUCGAAACUUGAGGGAUGUUGCCAUGAAGCUGCACGAUUUGGACUUCGUCAUGUUUGGAUCGACACUUGUUGCAUAGACAAGUCGAACAGUUCAGAGCUAUCAGAAGCGAUCAACUCCAUGUUUGCCUGGUAUAGGGAUGCUGAGCUAUGUUUAGCCUAUCUCAGUGAUGCCUCCGAUGUCAAGGACGCGUUUGACCACUCACGGCCGUCUAAAUGGUUUAGCAGAGGAUGGACGUUACAAGAACUUCUUGCUCCAAGCAAGAUGCUCUUUUUCCAACGAGAAUGGGAACCUCUGGGCACGCGGUCCUACCUAGCCUAUCGCAUCGAACAGAUUACGAUGAUCCCAUCGGUAGUUCUCCAGAACGGUAUCACGACAGUGCAGGAUAAAGAGUUCAGCAUAGCGACCAAAAUGUCCUGGGCAGCUCAGAGAAGGACGACAAGAUCGGAAGAUCGGGCGUAUUCUCUGAUGGGCUUGUUUGAAGUCAACAUGCCCACUCUAUAUGGAGAGGGAGGACAAUCAGCCUUUCAGCGCCUACAAAGUGAGAUCUUUGCUGCGUCUGGAGACCACAGCAUCCUGGCGUGGUGUUCAGAUCAAUUCAGAGUGUUGACAAGGCCACAAAUUAAUGUUACUAUGUUGAAAACGGUUCCACGGCAGAUUACCAAGUUGCUUGCGCCAGGCGUGGAAUCGUUUGCGCCGUCACCACGCUAUCAAGAUCUCCCAGUGAAUCUCGUCAACAGAUUCGAUAUCGCUGCAACUGACACUGUAAUCCCAUUUUAUCCAAUGUUGUUACGACAUCCAUAUGAGGUAAGAACUUCGAAUCUUCAAAAUUCUGGUUCCUGGAGCGAGGCCAAGUAUUCUGAAUCGAGUCAUGGCAUGAGAGUGCAACUACUCUUGGAACGAGUACAUGCGGAUCCGGCGACAAACUGUCACAUCUUCAUUGCACACUUGGCGUGCAGGACGGAGACAUCUAAUGAAAGACUUGGAAUUUUGCUCAUAUCAGAGCGAUUGGGUCAAUUCCAAAGGCUCUUCCCAGACGUCCUUGUGUCAAUCGAUGACAAAUUCCAUAACCUCUCUCGAUUGAUACUGGAAGAUGUGUACAUCACUCAAAAGGGGUCGAGCGGGCAAGACUAUCUUUCUCGCCCACCCAGAUACAAGAGCAUACCCAAAAAUUUCUUCGGCAAAUAUAGCAUUCGCAUAUUGAACCGGGAGGUCGAAAAGUCUGGCUUUGCUCUGCUCGAGUCAACACCAUGCCAACGAACCAGUAUACCAGGCGGUAAAUUGCUGACGUUCGGCUCGAUCAUUCAGAAGCCUGGACCAUCAUUCGGCAAGCUCAUAGCUUCAGAAUAUGCUGGACACCUAACAUUCUCAUGGGGAAGCAUUAACUUUGGUCGAGCAAACAUCCUCCUCUUCGGCCGAAAAUGGGAUCAGAGUUCACACUUGAUUGCGGUGGUAUGGCUGCGGUAUCAAGAUUCGCUCAAGAUCUCAGUGCUUGAGGACGUUGAUCCUGCCAAUCCGAUACCAGAUGAUAUCUCUUUUGCCUCAUACAAUAUUUAUGACACCUUCAUAUCCCACUGGCAAGAGAAGGCAGGAGAGACUGGCGGAAUCAAUGUGGUAUUUCAGGAGAACAAGGUAGAUCCAUCUUUGGGAGAAGAGAGGGAAAAGAAAAUGCAUGUAGUCAUUUUGUAG